AUGGCUAAUCUUCCGUCGUGGCUUGUUGAAAGUCGUGAAAAUGCUUUAAAAACACAGGAGUGGAAUAAUUUAACAACUAAUAUUUAUGAUGCUGUUGAUCAACAUUUGGCACAAAGUCAUGUACAGUACUUUACAGAUUUGUCUGAUGCCGAGAAAAGUCUUGUACUCGAACGAGCUGCAAAAAGCUUGAAAGGAACUACAAACGGAGGACCCACUCCAUAUGACAAUUUAAAUAAGCGAGUUUCCGAUUUACUUGAUAAAGGCGUUAAUAAUGAUGUAUCCCGAUCAUUGAUGACCGAUGAUCCAUUGGAAACGAAAACUGAUAUUAUUUUAAAUAAAGUAUGCGAAGGUAUUAUUGCUCUUUUACGCAAAUGGCCUGAUCAAAAAUAUAAAUUACAUGCAUUUCUUAAUCAAUCAUUACCACAACCGGUCCGAUUUGUUGGUUGGAAUCUUUAUUUAUCAAAUAUUAACUACCGACAGAAAUUUAUUAACGAUUUGGGAAAUAAUCCUCGAAGUGUAUUAUCACCAAUGGAUGCAGAAAUUCAACGUAACUGUGAUAGUCUUGUGCGAACAUUACCAGUAGCACCUGAUAUGAUGGAUUCGAAAGGGAAUAUGAGUGCAAUGAAAGCGAUUCUAUCGUAUUAUCAUUCAAUGUUUUCAAAUAAACGAGAUUUAGCUGAUUCGGAAUAUUAUUAUGUUAUACCCAUCGUACUAUCUCACAAUCCACCGUUGUCCAGAUCGGAGAAGCCAUAUGAAAAAUCCCUUUCGCUUUUAACUGAAAUGUAUCGAACGUUUUUGGAUACAAUGCCACCAAUAUUACGCGAUGUUUACUUAAAUAGUUCAACACAUGAACUUGAACCAUGGUUUCAUAAAGUUGAAUUUCAUUUAAAAGAAAUCGAUCGGCCUGUUUAUAAUCAUAUGCGAACAGUACUUUAUCCACCGGAUUCACAUAUGUCAACAAAUGAUGAUCCGUAUGUAUUGGUUUUUCUAAAAAAAUGUUGUUAUCCAUGGUUUAAAUAUAUGUUCGUUGGUUGUCUUACAGCUGACCCUCUAAUGUUUGUGUGGGAUCAAUAUUUAAUUACAAGUGAUAUACCGAAAUUUCAUGAUGAGUUAAUUCCAGCUAUUGCUGCAGCAAUGAUUAUAACAUUAAGAGAUUUCUUAUUGAAAUGUAAAUUGACAUCAGAAAUGGAAUCAAUUCUACAACAUAAAACAAAUAUAAUUAUAACACGUCAAUUACAAUCUGUGAUUGUUCGAUUUUUUCUUUCAGAAUUUAAAAAUCGAAUCGCUAGAUCCGAUUUUGGACCUGUUAUUGAUCCAACUGAGGGACGCCAAUGGACAAGUUAUAAUAAAGAUCAUGUGCCACUAGCUGCUAAUCGACCUGAACAGCGACUUACCGAUCGAGAAAGAAAUGAACAAAAUGCUCAACUUGAAAGACGACUACGAGAAGAAAUGAAUAAACGACAAGACAAUGAGCGAUCAUUACAAGCGAAAAUCGAACAACUACAAUAUGAAAUCGAUCAGAUGAAAUAUAGUGCUGGCCCGAUGGUAACACGACAGUCAAUUCGAGCUCCAACGCCCAUUGAACGAUAUGUUAAUCCUCGAUCGCGACCUAUAACUCCAGUUAAACCAGUAUUACAACAACAACAAGGAAAGAGUCCCGUUCACGAUCUACUUCGUAAAAUAGCACAAACAGUCAAUCGAGUCGCACAUGGUGAAGGGAAAAAUAGUGUUGCACUCGAUGAACAAACAAAACAUGAUAUACGCGUGCAUAAACUUGAUUUGAAAAUGGCCGAAAGAGAAGCUGUUGGUCGAACAUUACAGGCCAACGAAUGGAAUCAAUUAUCAGAUCAACAAAAACAAGUCUAUAGUCAAAGGAUGCUCGAAGUUGUUAAAACACGUAUUCAAAGUCGGUACACUGAUGGACGUAAAUGA